AUGCAUUUAAUGUACACAUUAGGGCCAGACGGCAAGAGAGUCUACACUUUAAACAAAACCACUUCAGAUGGUGAAAUUACCAAGUCUGCUCAUCCAGCCAGAUUUUCACCAGAUGACAAAUAUUCCAGACAAAGAGUUACCUUGAAGAAGAGAUUUGGUUUAUUACCAACCCAAUAG